CACUUCCGGUUACGUAUUGCGCAGUGGGCGGGGUUUGCUAAGCGGUAUACGGCGCGCGUAAAAUGAAACGGUUUGUUGUGGUUGUUUUUAGCACCUUAGCAACGGAGCUAGCAUAGCUUAGCUUAGCAUAGCAUAGCUUAAUUUAGUAUAACUUUAACUGUAAUUGGAGAAAAUCAGUCCGUAUCAUUUUUUAAUCGUUAUUUUAUAUUUUUACUUCUUAAAUAAAUGAGUUUGGAGAAGUUUAUCAGUUUGGAUAAUAGUAGCUAAGAGAUUAGCCGGUUUGCUAACCGUGGCUAGCUCAGGUGACAGUAAUGAGCAGGUAGUGUGACGUCAUUAACGUUAGCAGCGACGGGGUCAUACAGCUCUCUCUUCCUGCUUUACUUUCAUUUUAUUUAUUUUAUUUACUCAUUUAUUUAUUUAUAACUUUAAAGAGCUUUCUGUGAAAAUGAGCUGCGCGCUGGAGGAUCCCACACUGGAGAGGAACUUUAAAGGCCACAGAGACACAAUAACCAGCGUGGACUUUAACAACAACAUGAAACAAAUAGCUACAGGCUCGUUGGACUCGUGUGUGAUGGUCUGGAACGUGAAGCCUCAGUCGAGGGCGUAUCGGUUUGUUGGACAUAAAGACAGCGUGAUGAGCGUCCACUUCUCUCCCUCAGGACAGCUCCUCGCCUCCGCAUCCCGCGACCGGACCGUACGCCUCUGGCUGCCCACUGUGAGAGGUGAGUCGAGUGUGUUUAAAGCUCACACAGGGACGGUGCGCAGCGUGAACUUCUGCAGCGAUGGACAGACGCUAGUCACUGCAUCAGACGAUAAAACGGUGAAGGUCUGGACCGUCCAUCGGCAGAAAUUCCUCUUCUCCUUCAACCGACACAUCAACUGGGUUCGCUGUGCAAAAUUUUCUCCAGACGGGAGAUUAAUCGUCUCCGCGAGCGACGACAAAACGGUGAAGAUCUGGGACAAGAACAGCCGAGAGUGUGUUCACUCCUUCUGCGAGCACAGCGGGUACGUGAAUUACGCUGAUUUCCACCCCAGCGGGACGUGCAUCGCUGCUGCCAGUACAGACAACACGGUUAAAGUGUGGGACAUUCGCACUCAUAAACUCCUGCAGCAUUACCAAGUCCACAAUGGAGUGGUGAACUGUCUGUCCUUCCACCCGGCCGGUAAUCACCUGAUCACCGCCUCCACCGACUCCACACUGAAAAUCCUCGACCUGCUGGAGGGCCGACUGUUAUACACACUGCACGGACACCAGGGGCCGGCGUCCUGCGUAGCGUUUUCCAGAACUGGAGAUCACUUCGCCUCUGGAGGCUCAGAUGAACAGGUGAUGGUUUGGAAGACGAAUUUCGACGCUGCGGGUGACGGCGACGUGCUGAAGAAGCAGAAGAUGACUAACGCUCCUGUACAGGCUCCGGAGGUCUCAGACGUGUCUCAGCGCCGCUCCAGUCUGAGCGCUCACUCGUCUCACACACCAGACGCUCGCCAUGUCUCCGCCCACACUGAGCCGGACCAAUCAGAUCACUCUGAUCAGUCCGUGUCGGACACGCCCCUCUCUCCUGCACUCACCACAACACUGCAGCACAUAGUGGGUCAGCUCGAUGUCCUCACACAGACGGUGGCCAUAUUGGAACAGAGACUGACUCUGACGGAGGACAAACUGAAGGAAUGUGUGGAGAACCAGCGCAAAAUCAAUCUGCAGCUCCAAACCAGACAUCAGUCUGAUCUCUAACAGCUCAGUUACACCAUUUUCCUCCUUCUCACCUUCUCUCAACCUGCUACUAUUUUUUUAUACAGUAAAAAAAAACAUUCUUAAAAACAUAAUGUUCUUCAGAUGAUUAGCCGCUAGCAGUGAGAUGUUUACGUGUUUAUGGUGGCAGCAGUGACUUUUAUACCAGUUCUGUUUUAUCACAACACACACAUAUAUAUAUGUAUAUAUAUAUACACACACACACACACAUAUAUACAAUAUUAAAUGUUAUAUACGUAUUAUGCAUUAAUUAAUUGGAAUAUUGAUAUAAUAUCAGUGUGUAUAGUGGUGUAUUUAUAUAUAUACAGUAAAACACAGUGAGUGAAGUUCAUCAGCACUAAACACUUCCCCUUUAAAUCCCCAGCAUCUUUAAAGGGAUAUUUUCCUUUUUUUUUUUCUUCUUCCGGGAGCGAAACUGGAAGAGGGAAGUGAGUGAAAAUGGAAAAAGACACGAGUGAAGCCUCAGUUCCCAGAAACGUAACACACACAAAACCCCAAAAACCCUCACCGAGAGAGAGAGAGAGAGAGAGAGAGAGAGAGAGAGAGAGAGAGACAGAGAGAGAGAGACAGAGAGUGAGAAGGAGAGAGAGAGGAAGGAAGGAAGGAAGGAAGGAAGGAAGGAAGGGGAGAGAGAGUCACAGAGAGACAGAGAGAGAGAGGGAGAAAAACCUGAGAAACGAGAAUAAAAUGGAGAGAAACGGCACAAAAAACACAAAAACACAAACACACUCUCACACACUCACACACGCACUCACACACGCACUCACACACGCACUCACACACGCACUCACACACACACUCACACACACACAUGCACUCUCAUAUUCUCUCUCUCUCACACACACACUCACACACACAGACACACACACGCACGCACAUACUCUCUCUCACACACACACUCUCACACUCACACACUCUCACACACGCACACACACAGACACACACACGCACACACAAGCACACACACAGACACUCUCACACACACACAGACACACACACUCACAGAGAUUAAUCAGUGGUUUGUCUCUUUUCCACGUGCAGAAGAAAGUGAAGCUGUUAAAUCUUCGACUCGUCUAUAAAGUAAAUAACGAACAGAUUCGACUCUGAGUCACAGACAGCGAACUGGAGCGAGAGUCUGAAUUUAACGACACGACGCUGAGCAGAAACAAAGACACAGAACAAAUUCAGGAGGGAAAAAUGAAAAAUGUAUCCAGAUGUUAUCGCUAUAAGAGGCCAGAGAGAGGAGGAAAAAAAACCCUGUCUGAGUUGUUCUUCUCCUCUCGGCCUCGUGGGCCACAUGUGCAGCUCGCAGUCGCUCUGCUUUAUUAAACUACAACAUGAAAACAGAUUAAAUGCGAGAUGUUUCUUCAUUUAUCAGCGGCUUUGCCUCAGCACUGAACCCUGAAGUGUGUCUGAUCCUCUGUACGAUGAUGAAAUUAAUAACUUUUUAAUAACUUUGUUUAUUUGUUGCCGUCUCGCUAACAGUGAACGUUAUCAGAACAUUUAUUAAACUAUUUAACGCAUUUUUAAGAAGUUUCAGCUGUUAUGUUACGAAAAUAACAUAUGUGCAAUGUUCUAAAAACGUCUGCUGUAAUCGGUGUUAGCUUCACAACGUUAUUAGAACGUUACAAACAUUUGACUACCUUCAGAAAUACACACACUAACACUCGGAAAACGUUUGUAAUUGUUCCUAAUAAUAUUCUUACAACUAAAACUGUUGCAGUAACGUUGUAGGAACGUUUAAAAACCUGAUUAGAGAUACUGUAAUGUUGCUAACGUUAAACUGGUACCGCAGAAACUUUGUUGUUAAAUUGGCUAACACUUAGGGUUUUGUAAUUAACAUAAUUAACAGUAGAAUAAUUAGCCCAAUGCUAAACAGCUUGCUAACGUGUGUACUGGUUGUUAAAAUAUUGUUCUGUAAAAAAUUAGCUCAACAUUAGCUACAUUCUCAGCUACCUUGCUAGCUAACAGUUUACUAAUGACGAAACCAGCUGCAGGAAAAUUGUCAUGAGUUAUCAUUAAUGCAGUUUAUAUACAUUUCCUGAAAUAAGAGAGUUUCCAGACUUACUUAAAUUUUAAUUUAAAAACACACAAACAGCACAGAGUUCACACACAAAACUGUAAAACAGAUAAAAAUAUAAAAGUUGUGAUAAAACACACACAGUUCUGUGCAAAAGUCUUAGGCACGUGCAAAGAAAUGCUGUAGAGUAAAGACGCCUUCAAAAAUAAUUAAACUAAAUGUUUCUACAUUAAAAAAACACUAUAAAGAGCAGUAAACAGUAAUAAAUGAAACAAAGUCAGUAUUUAGUGUGACGAUCCUUCACUUUAAAUAAAUAAACAGUAUCUGAGGUGCAGUGUGUGCAGUUUUAUAAGGAAAUGAGCUGGAAGUGUUACUGAGCAUCUUGCAGAAGCAGCCACAGUUCUUCUGGAGACUUUGACUGUCGACUCGCUUCUUAUUUCUGCAGCGAAACCCAGCAGCCUUCAUUAUGUUUUUAUCUGAAAAGUGUCUCUUAUGGAAUCUGCUGCUUUCUUUACUGACAUACAAACAUUUUUCUGGAACGUUUCAUUUUGUGCUGGAAAACUAAUGUUUGGAAUCUAAAAUGUUUUUGUACUGAAUCAAUAAUGUAGAAGCCAGAAAAUAAA